AUGAUUAGUAAAAAGCUGGUCACGAUUGAUUUCAUUUUAAAUGAUCAGGUUACGGUUGAAUUACAAUGUUCACACCUUCAAUUCGCCCACCCUCGUUACAAAAUAAUUGUGGGAUUGCCCGAUUUAAGUCAUUACCAUUACCAUAUAACCCCACAAAGAACUUGUUUUGCUGGUAUUACCGUCCAAGAUGCUUUACACAGAGUUAAGAAGAAAAAUUUGCAGAAUAUCUAUCAUUUUGGUGGUGAAGAAGAUGCAUUUGAUUUGGAUUUUCCUACCCUUUAUGAAAUUGGAAUAGAAGAUAUUCAAGAUGGUUUCAAUUUAACUGCUGCUCCCCAUGAGAUCAUUAGCAUUGAAGAAGAAUUAUUCCAUAAAUAUCCAGAGGUUUUUAAUCCCAGUGCACAUGGUCAAAGGAAUACUGGACUCACCUAUAACGUACAACUUAUGGAUGGCGCCAAACGUAUUAAACAAAAAUCUUAUCCAUUAAACCCAUCAGAUGAAGCUGUUGUCUUAGAAUUUUUGGAAAAGGCGGUUAAAGAAGGUGUUUUAGAGGAAAUUUCAAGUGAUAAUGAUUUGCCGGUGGUGCCUAUGUUUGUUACAAGGAAUCGUAACGGUAAAAGUAGGAUAGUGUUUGAUUUUCGAGCAUUAAAUCAUUAUAUUAGUUCAAAUUAUGAUUUUCCGGUACCUCAAGCUCGUGAUCUCCUAAAUGCUGCUGCUAAUCAUCAAUUUCAUACCACACUCGACAUUAAAGCCGCUUAUACACAUAUAAAUCUUACAGGUGAUGGUAUUGGAGUGGUGUCGAAGUUUGGCACUUUUAAGAUAGCCAAAAUGUUAUUUGGAUUACGGUCCAGCCCAGGUGUAUUUAAUCGAUGCUUACAUAGGGUGUUGUCAAAUGUGUUGAAAAAAUAUCAAAAUGAUGAAAAGGUUACAAUAAAUAUAUAUUUUGAUGAUAUUUCAAUUAGCUCCAGUGGAUCUGAGAAAUUCCAUAAGAAAGUGGUAGAUGAAGUUUUAGAAGUGUUCCAACAACAUCAUAUUUCAUUGAAUAAGGAAAAAAUUCAAUACUGCACUACACAGUUAAAAUACUUAGGUUUUUGUGUUGAAAAUAAGGUCAUUAAACCAGAUUUAGAUCGUUUUAAAGUGGUACAAAAUUGGAAACCUCCAACUACUGCUUCAGAAGCCAAGCAUGUAUCUGGCUUUUUCAACUAUUUUCAUUCGUACUUAGGCAUUGACGUUUCAAAGUUGCUAAAACCUUUUUAUACCUUUAAACCAGAAGAAGCUGCUUUGAGAGAUAGAAAUUUCACAAUUUUACAAGAUGCUCUUAUUAAUCGUUGUUCAGUAUUCAUGUAUGAUGCUCAAAAACCGGUUACAAUUAUGGUUGACAGUAGCUUGGUUGGUGGAGGUGGAGUUUUACUACAAGCUAACGCUUUGGGCCAAUUAGUCCCCAUCAGAUUUUGUUCUUUUAGCUAUACCCCUACACAAUGUCGUUAUCCCAUUAUAGAUUUGGAAUUUCUAAGUUUAAUAACAGUGGUAGAUAAAUUUUCAGCAUACUUGAAUGACAAGGUAACUGUUUAUAGUGAUAAUUCAACAGUGUGCUCUUUAGUUAACAGUUCCAACUUGAAUAAUAGGCUAUUACGUUUCAUUGAGAGGUUUAGUUGUUAUAAUAUCAAUCUUAAGAAAAUAGCUGGAAAUAACAAUAUUGCUGACAUCUUAUCUCGUUACCAGGUUGAAAAUUCAGGUGAGAAAGCUAUUGAUGAAGCAGUCCUCAGUGGUGCUAGCGACGUUCGUUUACCAGGUGUUAAAGCUACUUUGGAUGUUUUAGAUAUUUUACAAUUAGAUGAAUUUGUGGAUGAUCCAAUUGAAAAUCAGUUGUUUGAAAUUGACUCAAGAGAAUUCGCGGUUGAAAAUGAUAUGCUGAACCAUUUUUGGACUCCAAUUUUAGAUCAUGAAGAAAAUUUGGAAAAUUUUUAUCAUUUCACCGAUUCCACUGAAAAACAAACUGAAAAACCAUCAAAUGGAGAUCAUGACGUGCAAAAUAUUAAUGAAGUUGCCAAUUCAAGUGUUACAGAAACUGCUACCAAACUUAUUGAGAAAGGUUUAGAUGCUACAGUUAAAGAUGACCAAAUUUAUAUCUUCACAAAUAAGGAGUGGAAGAAGUUUAUUGCAGAUUCAGAAUUAUUAUCAUUAUUCGAUCGGUUACAUGCUGCUACACAUGCAAGUGUUAUUGUGCUCUUACAUCUACUCCAUGAUAAAGGUCUUUAUAACCCAGAUAGUCGUUUAUUGGCAAUCAAUAGUGUCCGAAAAUGUUCAAGGUGCUCCAUGUUUGCUUAUUAUCCUGUCAACGACACGCCUUUGAAUAUAAUACCACUUGCAAAACCUUUAAAUAGGUGGCACCUUGACUACAUUGGUCCAUUCAAGUCUGAUAACCAACCACAAAUGGUGAAAAUGGAGUAUAUAUUGACGGCCAUAGACCACACCACUGGCUUUAAUCUUUGUUUAUGUUGUCCAGCUCCAACUGCUACUCAUGUGAUGCUUAUGGUUUAUACAAUUAUUUCUAUUUUUGGCCCCCCAAGUGUUAUUUUGUCCGAUAAUGCAAGCUGUUUUCAUUCAUUUAAAUCUACUAAUGAUGCAUUUUUGAAGAAAUUUGGGAUUGAUUAUCAUUUUAGCAGUUCGUUGCACCCACGCUCGAACGGAAAAAAUGAAAGAUUCAAUCGGUCAUUUAAAUCGCUACUUAAACAAUUAGGUGAUUUAGAUUCAUAUUGGCAUCUUAAUACAGAUUUGGCAGCAUUUUUGAAUAAUUGCAAACCUAAUAUGUACGGUUAUAGUCCAUUAUAUUUGGCAACUGGUAGAAAGUUAGAUGAUUUAAGCACUGUUGCUGCUAAACUUGCUACAGAAAUUCCUCAAUCUCAAUUUUCCGUUAAUCGUGAUCCAUCAUUGCAAUUAAAUCAUUUAGGUUUUAAGCUCAAAGACUUAGGUAGUGAACCAGAAAAUGAUGACGAGAGGGAGCUGAUGGAUGCUAUUAGUUAUCGUGUUGCUAAGUUAGAAGAGGUUAGACUUGAUACUGAUAAAUUACAAGAUCUUAAAUACAAAGCUCGAAAAGCUAGUAUAUUAAAUGAUCAUAAAACCUUAAGUCAAUAUGCAAUUGGUGAAUAUGUUUUCAAAAGACGUCAGAAGAAAACAAAGAAUGAAUGGGGUUUUGAUGGUCCAUAUAUUGUUAAACGUGUGUUAGAGAACGCGUAUGUGUUAGAAAAUUUAGAUGGUAAAGAAUUAAAAUUCACAUACAAUUUCAAAGAUUUAAGACCUUGUUUCCAAUACUUUAACGAUCCAGUUAGAACAAUUCUUGAUUGGACUUCUACUUACAGUGAAAUACAAAGAGAUUAUGUGAAUAGAGAACUACAAAGAAUAACAGAAGAAUGA